AUGCUGAGCGGUCCUUAUGGUUGGUAUGCUGAGCCAGUAGAGAAUGCAGUCAGUGAUAAGCCAGAGAUCCUGCGGGAGCUGAUCAGAUCACCGCGAUUUGACGCAGCGAAACUGAGUCGCCCGAUCGAGGAGCUGCAGCAUCGUUGUAUACGCGACAACCGGGUUGAGUGCUGGCGGCUGCUCUUUGUGGUUGGCUGUGUGAAUCCGAACUGGAGUGACGAUGGGCGGACGGCGCUGGGGUGGGCGGCUUCGUAUGGCCAUGAGGAUGUCGUGCGUUUGUUGCUGGCUGUUGAUGGGGUUGGUGUGAACACUGCUGGUCGUGGCGAGACCUUUACGCAUGAGUAUAUUGAGUGGACGAGAAGGAUGGGGAGGCCAACGCUGGGGCCCCCUGGGUACGGCGAGGGGGUGACGCCGUUGAUCGUGGCAGCGAGAGAAGGGCAUGUUGGUGUUGUCCGGCUGUUGCUUGCGGUGGAUGGCAUUGAUGUCCAUGCCAGGGAUAAAGAGGGUGAGACUGCGCUGAUGGCAGCAGAGUCGAGGGGACAUGAAGAGGUUGUCAAACUACUGAAUGGAAUAUAG